AUGGAUUCAUACGAUCACAAGUCUAAUGGUUACGCGAAGUCUAAGAAGGUUUACAAGUCCAAGAAGGAACGUUAUGAUGAUCCAGAGCAACAGGCUGAGGCCUUGUACGCUCGUGAGAACGGUCUUCCAGCGCCUGUGAAGAAGAACAGCUCAGUGGAAGAGGCCAAGGCUGCCAUCAGCUCACGCAAUCGUAAGUUUACGGUUGUUCUACAUGUUGUGUCUAGGUUCGAAAAGUACUUCCGAUCUAAAGGCGGCUCCUAAGGUGAAGGCGACGAACGCGAAGGCGGAGAGAAAGGCUCGUUGCCGAGGAGUCAGUGGUUGUUACUCGAAGAAGGACGGAAACCGAUUCGAGUACGGUCUUGAUGACUACGACAACGAGAAUGAUGACGACUUGGACGAAACUGACGGAGAAGAUGGACAGGACGAGUACCUUGAUUAUGUCUUCAGUUUUGAUGUGGAGAAAGUUCAUGGAGCGUUGAAAGAGUACUUCAACAACGGAAGCACCGAAUGUGCUAUGGUAAGCUAAAAUCAAAGAAAGUGUUAUUUUUAAAGUUAAUAUACUGUAAUAUAUUCUCCAGUGUUCACGUAAUCUUGUAGAACUAUAUUGUUUUAGGUUGAUCUCAUCGGACUGAUGCAGAACAAUGAUUCCAAGAAUCGAAUGGCCAAGGAGAUCAUAUGUUGUUCGUUAGACUACGAUCAAGGUCGUGUUGUCCUGGGUAACAAAUUGUUGAUGGUUUUUAUUGAGGAAGGACAUUUAUCUGUUAAACAUGUUGUUAAUGCUUUGGAAGAGAUUCUGCAAGAUUUGGGGGAGAUCGUUCGGGACAUGCCCAAAGCCAGAAAGUUUUUGGCUACAUUUAUUGCCAAGUUAAUUACCGAUGACAUUAUCGAAAGGAUUGUAUUUGACGAUAUCACCAGCAAGCACAAUGCCAACAGACAAGCAAUGUACGUGAAUUUAUAUUUUACUAGGGAUCAGCAUGAGGGAACGGAAAUUGUUUUUUUUUUAAAUGGGAAAAUAGAUUGGUUAAAUCAAUCAUGGGAUAAUAGUAAUAAAUGAAAAUUUGCAAAGUUUGAACUUUUGUGUAUUACUGGUUUUUGACGAAAUUACUGUAAUGGUGGAAGAUAAACAAUAAGUUAAUUUUACUAUCUUACACUUUUUGCUGAUUAAAAGUGUAAGAAAUAUGUAUGGCUAGUUUAAAGCCAAUUUCCAUUUUGUGCCGAUUCCUAGUUAGGUAUGACUUAAAAAAAAUUUCUUUGGAUCAACGUUGUUUUACAGGAGCUGUGCUUUGGAAGUUUACAUGUAUCUCAACAAUCGGGCGCUUUUGAAGGGCAAAUUCGAAGAAGUUGGCGGCCAUGCUCCAUUGCACGUCCUCAAGGAUCAGAUGGAGAAGAUUCUACGAGAGUUCCUGUUGAGCGGGGAUUCUAACGAGGUUGCCGAACGACUGAGACAACUUCACGCUCUGCAUUUUCAUCAUGAGAUGGUCUACUUGGUCGGAUUCUACGCUAUGGAUCGUAUGCAUGAUACUAUCAUGGAGAAGCUGGCCAAGCUACUGAAGGUAAGACAAUACAUUAUUUUUGGUAAAUUGAUAUACAUUUUGAUUAUAACGUUUUAAUUUUAGUACCUUUUGGAUACUGGUGUCUUGUUGGAGACGUCAGUCAGACCUGGAUUCACUCGUCUGUUCAAGGAGCUGCCCGAUCUUGUUAUUGACAUUCCUGCCGCAUAUUCUCUAUGCGACAUCUUUGUUAAGAAGUGUGUUAAACACAGAAUCAUAACCAAAGAAUUUGCCGAAGAUAUGCCAAGAACGUAAGUUUUUGAUGUUUUUAUAUUAAUCAUGUCUUGGUAUUAGUUUAACUGCAGAUAUUCAUAUGUAAGCUAUCUACAAUAGUAAUUUUCAGCUCAACUAGAAGAAUGAGAACUCUGUCCGAAGGUGCUGAUGGAAAAUUCCAGUGUAUCGAUGCUGCCGGAGAAGCUAUGCCUGUGGCCUAG